GAUAGAUGAGCAGAUAAGAGUGCUUUGAAAAGGAGGCACGCUUACAACCCUCUUUUGCUUUGCUGCAGAGUCAGAAACCCCGAGCCUACCUCGGUCACCACCUGUGUUCACCCUCAUUACCACGAGUGGCAGCACCACCAUGACUUUCAACGGAAACUGGAAAGUGGACCGCAACGACAACUAUGACAAGUUCAUGGAGCAAAUGGGUAUCAACAUGGUGAAAAGGAAGCUUGCGGCCCACGACAAUCUAAAAAUUACCAUCGAGCAGAACGGAGACAAGUUCCACGUGAAGGAGAGCAGCAAUUUCCGCACCCUGGAUAUCGACUUCACCCUGGGGGUCAACUUCGAGUACAGCCUGGCUGACGGCACCGAAGUCUCUGGCUCAUGGGUGCUGGAGGGUGACACGCUGAAGGGCACCUUCCACAGGAAAGACAACGGCAAGCAGCUAACAACCACAAGAAUUGUGCAAGGAGAUGAGCUCAUACAGAGCUACAGCUAUGACGGCGUGGAUGCUAAAAGGAUUUUCAAGAGGGCUUAGUUUGAGUGAACCUUGCCAGGGGGUUACAGACAAUUUUGUGUGACUUACCGCAUAACUUGUACAAAGUGCACUGUGUGACAUGCCUCAGGUAUGUACGCCCACCCCCACCUCCCAGAAAACAAAAACAUUAAAUUAAUUGCACUGGA